AUGUCCAGUCCAUCCAGUCCGCUCACCCCAUCCCAGAAAACCCUCCUCCCCGCCGACAAACACGACACCGCCGCCAUCGAUCACCUUUCCACCCUGCCCUCAUCCACCAUCGCGCCCCUGAUACCAGAGCUCUUGACGUGGGUCCAAGAUAUCAAUUGGCCCAUCGCAGCGCACAUCAUAUCGCUUUUGCUCACGUAUCCGCAUUUGCUGGUUGAGCCUGUGCGCGGGAUUCUGCUUGGGAGUGAUGAUGGGUGGAAGUAUAAUUGUCUUGUAUAUCUUGUAGACGCGAUGCCGAUUGAACAGCAGUGGGAGUUGAGAACGGCUGUGGAGCGGACUGCGGAGAAUCCGACGGAAGGGGAGUUUGAGUUGGAUGAGGUGGCGAGGGAUAUACUUGGCAAAAUACAUUGA